CAAAAUCUUUCAAAUUAGGCUAAGAAUGAGCGUGAAAACACUAGAAAAGUUAAGCCUGGAGAGUAUCGCGAAGGGCAUGAGCUUGUGGUGCAACUCAUCGAUCGUAGAUCUUAAUCGGUUCAAAUAUGUUCUUGGUCCGUUUGAUGGCUUGAACUCUGGUCUUAUUCAAGAACUUUUGGAUAUUCUGUGUGAAAAGAAGCAAAUUCGAGUGUCUCACUUUCAUGUUCUUCUUCACUCUAAUAUUAAGCAUGUUGAUUUGAGUGCUUGUUCCUCACUUAUCAGUGAUCAGAUCAUUUCUGCUGUGGUAUUUCGUUGUAAGAAAAUUACACAGCUCUUUCUCAAGAAUUGUUCACGUCUCUCAACAAAAGCACUGAAAAAGAUUCCUUCAGGUUUAACCCGUCUUCAGUCCAUUGAUCUCAGUGGAUGUUUGGCUUGUACAGAUGAAGUGUUAAACCUCCUUGGAACAUUGUGUCCUGAGCUGACAGUGUUGCGGGUGGAGUCAUGCACUCUUCUCACAGAUGCUGGUUUAGCUGGUUUGUGCGCAGAUGUUAAAAAUCCAAAGUGCCGAAGGUUAAAAGAAGUCAACUUGUCAUCAACUGGUGUAACAAGUUAUGGAAUACAAAAACUGUUGAACUCUCAACAAGAGAUACAAAAGAUGUCCUUGGCCAUGACAAACUCAGUUGAAGAAUUUGACAUAAGUGUUCCGAGCAUAAAACUUAGUUCUUUGGAUUUGUCUUACACAUUUAUCACAGAUACAUGCAUGAAAAUUCUCUGCAAAAGUUGUCCCUUAUUGUGUGACCUAUCACUUAACUGCUGCACUUCGCUCACAGUUAUAUCUUUAGAGUUUAUUGCUUCACUAGCCCAUCUGAAAGUUCUGCGUAUUGGUGAUAACAAGGCAAUGAAAUUUCAUCCCCAUCUUGCUCAGUUCUUGGUCAAAUCUGGAAACUCAUUGAAAGUACUGGACAUUUCUGGAAUGGAUAGAGUGGACACUGAGAUCCUUGGGGUCUGCUGCAAGUCCUUAGAAACUUUAAAUAUGGCAGACUGUACUAAAGUAACUGGCAGUUACAUUCAUGUUUCAACUGCAGAUGAAAGCAAAUGGGUAACCUUAGCACAAGCUUGCCCAAAGUUGUCUAUUCUUAACCUCCAUAACUGUCAUUUUUUGCAUCACAAGUCACUUGCAGAACAUCUCUUAGCCAUUCUGUCCAACUCAACAGAAUUACAAGAGCUAGAUCUAUCUGGAAUUGAAAAACUGAGUGAUGAAAUUAUUUUACAGCUUAUACAGUCCUCAGGGUUAUUACUGUUGAGGUCUGUCAAUCUUUCAAUGUGCAGUGAAAUAUCAGUAGAGUCAGUUGAAUUGCUUAUUAAAACAUGCAAAGGUCUUUCACAGUUGAAUCUUUCACAUUGUCGGAAUAUUUCUCUGUGUGAUGCUGAGAAUUUAAAGAAGGUAGCCAGAGACAGUAAAAGUACACCAAAGAUUGCCUGGAUCUAACAUAUAUAGAUAAGUUUAAUCAUUGUAACACUGGGCUACAAAUUAAUAUUUUUCAGAAAUUUUUUAAAACCUUUACAUAGAAGUUUUUAGAUACUUUGGAAAAAUUAAAAUGCUCUGCCCCGA